AUGGAAGAAGACGAAUUCGAUUACGAAUCGUUGGGUGCCAACUCUACCAUGGGUCAGAAUGCUAUCGCAGGAGCGUUGGCCGGGAUUGGUGAGCAUUGUCUAAUGUUUCCCGUUGACAGUAUAAAGACACGCAUGCAGGUUUUGGCUACAAGUGAAACCGGCGUCACUACGGCGAAAUCUGUGUCAGCAGCGGCGAAUGACUUGGUGAGACCGGGAUGGCUGCAAUCGCAAAAGAAUCUGUGGCGAGGGGUUUAUUCGGUGGUGAUGGGGGCUGGACCGGCCCAUGCCCUUCACUUUGCGACCUACGAAUUCUGUAAAGACGCUUUCGGCAAAUACAUCACUAUCGAUCCUGCCACUUCUACCGCCACCCAGGAGAAUUUACGGCAAUUAACAGUAUCAGGAGCAGCAGGAGCUUGUGCCACCUUUGCCCAUGACGCUUUAAUGACCCCUUUUGAUGUGAUCAAGCAGCGAAUGCAGUUGAAGGAUUCCACUUAUCGAUCGGUGCGGGAAUGUGCAAGGAGUGUUUACGCCAAAGAAGGCUUGACCGCCUUUUACAUCUCAUUCCCUACUACGUUGUACAUGUCGAUUCCUUUCCAGUCGGUACAAUUUGCCACAUACGAGUACUGUUUAGGGAUCCUGAAUCCGGCCGGUCAAUAUAACCCGAAAUCCCACGUCGUUGCUGGUGCCAUUGCCGGUGUCUUGGCUUCGUCUGUGACGACGCCUCUGGAUGUGAUCAAGACGCUACUGCAGACCCGUGGUACAUCGAGCGAUCCAAGGAUACGCAACUGUUCAGGUUUUUGGGAUGCGGCCAAGAUCAUUGGCGGACGAUAUGGAUACCAAGGCUUUUUCCGAGGAUUUAAACCGAGAGUUUUGACCCAUAUGCCCAGUACUGCCAUCAGUUGGAGUGUGUACGAGUACUUUAAAUGGUUCUUGUCAAAAGACAAUGACAAACCCGUCAGCAAUUCCUGA